GUUUGUCGUUUCGAUUCCCCCUCUUCAUCGAACAUUCUUUCCUACUUUCGUUCUAUCAAACAAACUGUCCAUUCGCUUUUCUGAGUGUAAAGUCAUUCGCUUCUUUACUCUCAAGUUAAUACCAACUUAGUUUUUUGUUUCCUUCUUUCGCUAGAACAAAGUACCACCAUUUCUCCAGAAAGGAUACUCGUCCGAUAUAUCUCACAAUGAAGAACAGCGUUGCUCUUCUGGCCCUUGCCGCCGGCGUCAGCCAGGUCGCUGCUACCGGCUGGAACAAGUUCCCCUCCUUCACCUCUCCUGAGAACACCGACAACAAGUGUGAUGACAAGCAGAAGGGAGGCUUCUCCUGGAGCGACCUGACCCCGGGAUCGUUCAACAACUACGGUGGAUUGGACUUCAAGGGCUGGACCUGUGAAUCCGACUUCUCCAAGCGCGAUCUCCUGGCUCCCCGCACUUUUAACAAGGGCAAGGUCAUCUCUGGCUCUUGCGGCCAGAAGAAGGAGACCUCUCCCUCUUUCGGCUGCGGCACUGGCUCGGGCGCCCCUGACAAGUUCUCCAUCAUCCACUUCGACGUGACCGUCGAGUUCGACUGCGACCUCGAGUUCCACUAUGACAUGCCCGACGGCUCCAGCUGCAAGCACCGCUCUGCUUGCUCCAAGUCCGGAACCACUGUCAAGAACUCCCAGUGCGGUGGUGCCAAGAACGUCACCAUCGUUUACCCCCAGCAGCCCUCCAAGCCCAAGUCCACCUGCGGUGUCGGCAUCCACACCAUCAACUUCGACUGCAGCCCCCCCGAGACCUCCAAGCCUCCCAAGACCAAGACCAGUGCUCUCCCCAGCGCCACCACUCUGAGCACCAAGACCCACGACAAGCCUGUCAAGGCUACCACUGCUGCCGAGGAGACUUCCACUGCCGUUGUCCCCUCCGUCUCCAAGCCCGUUGAGGAGACCAGCGCCGCCACCAAGCCCGCCACAACCGCCCCCGUCAAGGAGACCGAGACUGCUCCCGUCCCCAGCAAGGGCGAGACCACCUCUGAGGCUCUUCCCUCAAUCUCCAUUCCCGGCAAGGAGUCGACCACUGCUGUUGUUCCCUCCGCUUCCAAGCCCGCCGAGACCCCCGUCGAGUCCAAGCCUGUCGAGGAGACCUCCACUGCCGUCGUUCCCUCCGCCUCCAAGCCUGUUGAGGAGACCACCCCCGUUGUCACCAAGCCUGCCGGCGAGACCACCGCUGCCCAGUUCCCCAGCGUCUCCAUCCCUGUCAACGGCACCCAGCCUGCGCAGACCGAGACCGUCCCUGCCGUCACCACCCCCGUUGUCCCGGAGACCAAGACCACCGUCUACGACACCACCUCGACCAUCUACACCACCCGUGUCGAGACCGUCACCUCUUGCGCUCCCGAGGUCACCAACUGCCCUGCCGGCUCCCACGGCCUGGUCACUGUCACGGUUCCCCUCACCACCACCGUCUGCCCCGUCACCGAGACCAUCGUUCACACCCCUGGUCCUGCUCCUUCCAAGCCCGCUGGCCAGCCUUCCAAGGGUGUCUCUUCCGAGAAGCCCGUUGGCUCUGGCUCCGUUACUAAGCCCUCUGCCACCAAGCCCGCCACUCCCGUUGAGACUCUUCCCUGCCCCGACGUCGUUCCCCAGUGCCUGAGCACCUGGAUCUGGUCUUCCGGCUGCACUGACAACUCUGACGCCGACUGCUACUGCCCUGACGCCAAGUUCGUCGAGAACGUCUUCUCCUGCAUCUACUCCUAUGGUGCCAGCGACGAGAUCAUCUCCAAGGCCACCCAGUUCUUCCAGGGCAUCUGCGCUCCUCACAUCCCCGAGAACCCUGCCAUCGUCACGGUGCCGGCGACAAUCACCACGGCCAUCACCGUCUCGGCGACCAAGCCCGCCGCCACCAACCCUGCCGAGUACACCACCGUCACCGUUGACAAGACCGUCGUCGUCCCCUGCGUCACUGACGGCACGACCGUUCCCGGCUCUUCCACCACGGCCACCAUCAAGACCACCAUCGAGGUCCCCCACGUCUCCUUUGCCACCGACUCGGCCUCCGUCGUCGUGCCAGUUCCCGCCCCUUCCACCCCGGCUGGCACACCCGCCGCGACUGUCUCGUCCCAGGCCCCGGUUGCUCCCUACCCUACGACUCCCGCCGCUGGCGCCACCAAGACCGGCCCUGUCGGUACUGGCGGUGUUGCCGUCCCUACCACCACCGGUGUUGUCACCGCUGGUGCUGGCAAGGCUACCUUCGGCCUCGGUGCCGUCGUCGCCAUUGCUGCCCUCGCUGCUUUCUAAGCUGGGCAACAUGGUCCCUGCCACUUCCCCCUUCUGCUAAGAUGAACCUUACGCGAGUUGGAGGAACACUUCAGACCCCUUUCCUUAUUGUACCAAUGUCGCUGCACGCACAAAAUCUGUAAUCUACAAGCCCGCAAUCAUACAUACCAUUCUUACGAUCCUUACGAACAAACCAUUGCAUAUGGUGGGUGGUCUCCGGGAAACGGGUAUUUUUCAUACCCUUGGGAAGGCCUUAAAACCCCUAACUUUUUACCACAACAAACCCGGGCCGCGAAUUAGAGCGCAUCAGAAAGGGACUGAGCACAUAGCGCUCGGCUUUCAGCUCUCUGCUGUACUGUUUUCUCUUGGAUCUUUGGAAGCAAAUGCAUCAAAAGGAGGUCAGAGCGAGAUGUUGGAUUCCGGCGAUAUACCCUGGCUGGUUGAAUUGUGUAAUAUUUAAUAGUUUCUAUCCUCGUGAGAGGAAUACAGCAUGCGCUCUAAAACGAUUUACAC